UCCGCUCGGCUCCGCUCCGCCGCGUCCCGGGCAGGAAACGGCUGGGCAGGCAGCACCGCCCGUUCCGGAGCGCGGGGCCGCUCCGCUCCGCGCCGCCCCGGGGCGGGACCGCGGCCGGGCCGGGAGGAGCCGCACCUGCCCCGCCAUGUCGGGCGAGUGGCUGCGGCGCUGGCGGCGGGGCGGCCCCGCGGAGCGCCCCGGCGGAGCCCCGGCACCGGGCCCGGGCCCUCCGCCCCCCGCCCUGCGCUACCGCCGGCCCAAGUUCGUGCCCGGCGGCGAGGAGGCGCCGCGGGGCGGGCGGGCCGUGCGGGGCGCGGCGCCCGAGCGGCCGCUGCCCUGGGGCGCGGGAUACGCCGAGGUUAUCAAUGCUGAGAAGUCAGAGUUCAAUGAGGACCAGGCAGCCUGCUGUCAGAUCUCUGUCCGGAGGAGAGAGCCAGGCCUGGAGGAGGAUGAGGAAUGGCUGAUCCUGUGCUCCACACAGUUUCUGACUGGUCACUACUGGGCGCUGUUUGAUGGCCACGGUGGCCCAGACGCUGCCAUCAUCGCCUCCAACUAUUUGCACUACUGCAUCAAGCAGAAGCUGGAGGAGAUUGUGGGAGGCAUCACCGAGGCCCGGCCCCCCAUGCACCUCAGCGGGCGCUGUGUUUGUGACAGUGACCCCCAGUUCGUGGAGGAGAAGCACAUCCAUGCAGCAGACUUGGUGGUGGGAGCCCUGGAGAAUGCCUUUCAGGAAUGUGAUGAAGUCAUUGGCCAGGAGAUGGAAGCUACGAACCAGACAGGAGGUUGCACUGCUCUGGCUGCCCUUUAUUUCCAGGGAAAGCUCUAUGUGGCCAAUGCUGGGGACAGCAGGGCAAUUCUUGUCCUGAAGGACAGCAUUGUGCCCAUGAGCAGCGAGUUCACCCCUGAGUCAGAGAGGCAGCGAAUUCAGCACUUGGCUUUCCUUUUCCCCAAGCUCCUGGAUGGUGAAUUCACCCGCUUCGAGUUCCCACGGAGGUUGAAGGGAGAUGAUGUGGGCCACAAAGUCCUGUACCGGGAUUACUUCAUGGAGGGCUGGGGGUACAAGACGGUGGAGAAAGCUGACCUCAAGUAUCCUCUUGUCCAUGGUCACGGGAAGCAGGCUCGCCUGCUGGGCACUCUGGCCGUCUCUCGAGGCCUGGGGGAUCAUCAGCUCAAGGUCAUCGACACCAACAUUGAAGUCAAACCCUUCCUCUCCUGCAUUCCUAAGGUAAAUGUGUUUGACUUUGCUCUGCAUGACAUUAAGGAAGACGAUGUCCUCAUCAUGGCAACUGACGGCCUUUGGGAUGUUCUGUGCAACGACGAGGUGGCCCAUGUGGUCAGGAGCUUCCUUGCAGAAAACAGGACAGACCCUCAAAGGUUUUCAGAACUGGCCAAGUGUUUGGUAUGCAGGGCAAGGAGAAAGAAGAGAGGCCACCAGUGGAUGCUGGAUGACAGCCACGAGGCAUCCUACGAUGACAUCUCUGUAUUUGUCAUCCCACUACACAACAGGGAAGAGGACUGACUGUCAGGAUGACAAGCAGCAUCUCCGUGUCCCCUUUCUGUGAUGCCAUUCAGCAUCAGCCUGAGACUGAGGGACUUCUGCUGCUCUUCCAGCAAAACCAUUUGCAGUGGAACGUGAAAUGCACAGCCAGCACUUGGCACAGGAUGAACAAGAUUAGCUCCUUAACAACAUGCAAGAGAAGCACAGUGGGGAACAAAUCACUCCCCUUUCUCAUUGCUGGACCAAGGAGAACCUGCAAAGGGGGCCAUGCAAACCAAAGGGCACUUUUCCUAAGAUCUUUGAGGUACAGUGACACUCAGAUCCAUAUUUCUACUGAUCCCUCUCCCUUUUUAAUAUUGAACAAUAAGGAUCAAUUGAGAUCCAGCCGGUCUGAAGAGCUGGCUUUUAAUCAGACUUGAACUAAGCUGAACUGGAUGCAUAAGCUAAAGCAUCUCUUGUAUCCAUUUGCUGUAAUGUGAGAUGUGCUGAAAACCUGGGAGCUGCUGCCAAGACAGCACUGGGCACAGCUGUGCCUGUGGCAUGGGAAUGCUGGAGCAGUAGCCCAGAGCUCUCGAGACAGUUGCCAUUUGUAGGCAGCACCUCAAACCCAGAGGAUGUAGCCAGGUGAAGCUUCACCCUGAUGUACAGAAGCCUCCUGUGCGAAGAUAUGUGCCUUAUUUAAGAACACUGAAGUGUGUUAGUAACACAGUGUACAGAUUUCUAACAAAUCUUAAUCCACACUUGCUGACGCUUUCUCUAUUCAGGUUAUUUCUGAUAGCAAAGCAGGUUUUGUAGCGGCAGCACUGAUGAGAACCAAGGUGUUCAGUGCAUCAGCUGAUUCAGUAGAAGAGCUCCGUGUAAAAUAAAACCGGUUUGUUGCAAUUUGUCUGCAGUGCUGAAUUUCACGCACCUAUUCCAGCAGAAACACUGCAGCAGACACGCCAGAGUUGUCCUAAACUCUGAGGAUCUGCUUCCCAACCUGUUUAUUAGCCAGGAAAAUUCAGGUCUGGACAAGCUUCCCAUCUCCCCAAGUCCCCACUUUGGUUUUCAUUAUUCAUUACACAGGUUCCAGGAUUCUCUAGAGAAGCAGCCAAACCCCAGUGUGUGUUUAAUUUCCACAAGGAUGAAAGUCCAAAUAAAAGUACUUUUUUUUUUUCCCAUGCAUCUUACUGUGGGGUGUUAUUCCUGCUGAGGGUUUUACACAGAUCUGGGCUGGAGGAAAACAGCCUCAGAAAAUCACUGGGGAGUUUUUGCUUUUAAUUUGUCUUUGCUUGUCACCAGAAGCAUCCCCUUACCAGAAGUGCUGCAAGGGCUUGGUGUUGAAAGAUUAUUUCCAGCAGUGGGAGGAAACUCCCCCAGGAAUGGGGCAGCCUUCUUAGUUAUCUGCUCAUGGUUUAAGCAAGGGUUAGAAUAAAAACCAUUUCUCUCCAGCUUCACUUUCCCUCCAUCCUCUUAACUUUGACCUGAAAACAAUGCACAUGAGGAUUCACCCACGGUAAUGCUCCUGGCUGCUGUCCUCCCUUCCGUAGCUGUAACACACUUAUAUGCAUUAGCUGUAAUUACCCAAGAUUCCUGUCACCCAAAUUCAGGAAGUUAUUUUCUCACCUUGCUGAGAAAGAGUUCGGCUCUUCCAUCCAGACCACAGGCUGCUGUGAACACCUGUUUACCUAGGGCACCAUAGCUCCAUAAGUGACUGUCACAAGGCUUCCCUAUCCUGAUACAUUCAUAGGCAAAAAAAACCCUCUUAAAGUGGGCAAUUUAUGGAGGGGUAACUU